UCAUGGACUCACUGUCGGGCUGUCUGGAGGCAUUGAUUGAUGCAUUUCUGACUAAACUAUCUAUUCUGUGACGCUUAAACAUCGCAGUGUUUGUGUUUCCACCGCACAUCGCAGCUGUGCUGUGUUAUUGUUACUGGCAUGACUUUGAAAGUAGAAAUACGAUUCUAAACAACUUGAGAGUCCAUGGAGACGCCAGAGCCGGGCCCAGCGGAUGGAGAGGAGCAUCUGGUGGAGCUGCGACCUCGGACUCGCUCCAACCCUGAAGGUGCUGAGGACCGUCGCAGCAGCACGGGCAGCCUCGGAGGAAACAGCAACCCUAACAUAGCACAGCCCGCUGUGGGGAGUCGUGUUGAGGGUGAGGGUGAGGCUUCUACCAGCGACAGUCCUCCCAGUUCAACUGCCACAACCCUUUCAGUAGCUGCAGCUCAGAAUGUAGCCCCUGUUGCAGCAGCAGUAGUAGUAGCAGCAGCAGCGAUUGCGGCUGCAGCCAGUGCCACGGUGCCACUAUCCACUGCUGCCCCUGCGGCCAAAGAGAGGCCGAAGCCCACACCGCAGCAGCCCACAUUGACAACCCCCAUCCCCCCACCAGCAGAGUACCAGCUCAGAGUUCCCCGUGUCAACUGUCCAGAGAAAGUGAUCAUCUGCUUAGACCUUUCCGAAGAGAUGUCUUUGCCAAAGUUGGAGUCUUUUAACGGGUCAAAAACAAAUGCCCUGAACAUAUCCCAGAAGAUGAUUGAGAUGUUUGUCAGAACUAAACACAAGAUUGACAAACGGCAUGAGUUUGCCCUGGUAGUAGUCAAUGAUGACGCUCUGUGGUUGUCAGGCUUCACUUCUGACCCCAGGGAGCUGUGCAGCUGUCUGUACGACCUUGAUACCAAUGUGUGCGAGUCCUUCAACCUUGAAGAUCUUCUUAAUGUAAUUCGUCAGAAGAUUGAGCUGCCGUCGAUGGACAAUGUUCAGACCGUCCCUCCUCCAUAUGUGGUGCGGACUGUGCUCGUCUACAGCCGUCAUGCAGGACGGCUUCAGUUCAGCCCUUCAGAGGCUGUUAGUAAAAUGCUGCAGUCUCCGUAUUUUUUCUUCGAUGUGGUCUACCUGCACAACGGGGUGGAGGAGCAGGGGGAUGAGACCAGCUGGAGGGAGAACUACACCUCUUUCUGCAACCUGGACUCAAAGGGCAUGUGCUAUCGCUUCGAGGUUUCCCUGAGUGGACCCGCCAUCGAGCUGCACAACUGCAUGGCCAAACUUCUGGCUCACCCUUUACAAAGACCUUUCCAGAGCCACGCGUCUUACAGCCUGCUGGAGGGGGAAGACGUCCAGGACAUUGAGGCGACAGUGUAGAACAUGGCACACUCAUGAAGCCCCGUUUCCCUGUGAAAUGCACACACUGUAGUUUACUAGAAAAGGAGCUGGGGGUUUUCUAAGUACACCUUAUUACUGACGAGAAAUCAUUUGUAAGAAUAUUUGUGACAAGCUGUAGUUCUAAUGAAACGUUUUAGCAGGUUGCUUAACUCUUUUGUUGCGUUUCCAUAAAGUCAUGAUUGUUCUGAGCCACGGAAGUAAUAAAUGAUCUGUUUUUUUGGCUGUAAAACUGCUGGAGGUUUUCGAGGAAUGAGGUGAUGAAGUGGAUGUCAGAAAGUCCAGGAACCGGACACAAGUAGAAGAUAAAGGAAGAUGGUUAAAGCAUCAGGCUUUGUUAAACUUACUCCCUUACCAUUACAUCUUUAUUUCAAAUCAUCGCCACUGAUCUGUCAGAGUCUUAAAGGGUGCAAGCAUUUGUCUCAAAUGGCCAGCUAUCAAAAACUCUCAAACUGUAAUAUGAUGUCACUGUAUCACAGAGGUCACAACUUCUGUGAUAUUGCCUUCCCAUUUAGUUCGUCAUUUUCACCUUUUGUUGCCUGUUUUAAUGUGUUUUGUGUUUUAUAAUGGGUUGUUUUUUAAUUUUAAGUUCAUAUGUCAGCCUUGUGUGUUACUCAGAUAAUGAAAGAAUGUACAGUAAUGUAGAAGCGGCCCCUCUUUUGACAAUGAUCUCUGUGACAUUGUGAAAAAGGCCCCACGUACUGCCAGUCUAGCUGCACUUGAAACACAUUGUACGGAUGAGCUUUUUUAAGCCAUUUCUGGAUAUUAAAAAAAGGCAUGUCGAAUCAGA